UCCAAGAUGUCAGCUUCCAUGUCGUUAAAUGCUUGCAGAGUAUAUUCUAAUUUAUUUACAAUAUCUAAACCACACCAUGGUUAUUUUCGUCAGUUAAAUAUUGUUCCUAAAGAGACCAAGAGUUAUUGGACACCCAAGAGUUAUUUUGGAAAAAUGCCGUUUCUUUAUUACGCAAUGCCAGAGUCAACAAAAUCGAUUAAAGUGUCCUUGAACCUGUCUCCAGUUUCAACCCACACUCUUAGCAGACGACAUAAACAACGCCAGCAGCAGGCUGGUUGGUUGUGCCUCAGAACCUGGCCUACUACCGUCGAUUUAAUCUCAACAGAACAGACAUGUAGAUUCCAUAGCUCACCAUUAGUGUUUCAAAACAAUAAGGCAUGUUGGAAAUGCGGAAAGAAAAUAGAUGCUAAGAGUGAAUUAUUUUUCUGUGAGUGUGGUAUUGUGCAAAAAGUGACACCAAAUAUAUCUUACUUCACAUUAUUUGAUUUAUCAGAAAAUUAUAAAAUUGAUAUUUGGAAACUGUACGAGGCAUACAUUAACUUACAGAAACGACUGCACCCCGAUAAAUUCACGCAAGCAUCUGAAGAGGAAAAGUUAUAUGCUGAAAAACAGUCAUCCUUAAUUAAUAAGGCAUACACAACUUUAUCAAAGCCACUUAGCAGAGCAAUCUACAUGCUUAAAAUUCACAAUAAACCUAUUGAAGAGGAUAGUGCCUUAUCAGAUCCAGAAUUUUUAGCUGAAGUUAUGGAAAUUAAUGAAGAACUAGCAGAGUUAUCUUCACCAGAAAAUUUAAAGGAUCUUGAAGAACAAAACUUGGAUAAAAUAGAUUUGUGUAUAAAUCAAGUUGCAGAAGCAUUUGACAAUAAUGACAUAGUAGCUGCUCAUAAAUUAGUUGUUAAAUAUCAGUAUUAUGCUAAUAUAACUGAAAAAAUAAAAGAAAUUCAUAGAAAAUUGAUGGUUUAAACUUAGAAGUACAGUAUUUUAGAACAUUUUUAUGCAUUGAAUUUAAUUAUAAACUUACAUUUAUUAUGUAUAUAUAUAUUUAUUAAUUUUUUCAACAUAUAUCAGGAUAAGGAUAAAACCAAUCGAAUACCAAUGCAAUAUACCAGUUAUUUAUAUAGCCAUUGCGUGUCUCCUAAACCUUGUAAUAAUGUUAGAGAGUGAAACCAGUGGAACUAUAAACUACAUGUAUCAGUUAUUUUUGAUUGUCCAGUGUAUCCUCAUAAGAACAAACCCUAUGGAAUAUUAAUGCAUUUCUGCAAAUAUGUGUGGAGUUAUUCUGCUAGUGAGUGUAUGCUAUAAUGUGUUAUUGUCCAACACUGAUAUAAAAUUUGUAUGAUGAUUUGUUAUGUAUACAUAUUUGUAGAAUUAGUCAGUUUUAUACCUCACAUUGCCUUAUUUUUUAUAUUGUCUAAUUACAAAAUAUGGUGAUCAGUUUUAUACUUCCAUCAAAAUACUGAUUGUAUGCUCUUAAUAGGUAAGAUUAGAUAAAGAGCUGACAGUUCUCAUUAUAAUAGUUAACCAGCGGUUCUCAUACAAGAUACGCCCACAUUUUGCAAGCGAUGGAUGGAGAACAAGCUAGAAAAAAAAAUGUGAUUUUUCGUACAAUCAGGGGCCAUAAUCUAUUAAGUUAUUGUUUGGGAUGUGUGAAUAUAGAAAGGAACCAAGAUCUUUGGGAUAUAAACAUGUGUUUUAAGUUUCAUCAAAAUUGGAUAAAAAUUGUGACCUCCAUAGGGUAAACAACCUUGGUAUUACGCAUACUUUUACACUAUUUGCGUUCAAGGAGCGGGCAGUUUUGGUCCGAUUUUUACAAAAUUCGAACUCAACCAUCAUUUAAACGAUUUUGUGAACUCUAGAGGGUCCAUAAGCUAAAAUCGUGAGUUUUUUUCAUACAGUCGGGUCAUAAUCGAAGAAGAAAUAGUCCAAUAUCCACGAAUAAUAAAAGGGACCAAGAUCUUUGUAAUAUAAACGCAUGUUUUAAGUUUCAUCAAAAUCGGAUCAAAAUUGUGACCUCUAGAGGGUCCACAACCUUGAUAUUACAUACUUUAACACUAUUUGCGUACCGGAAGCGGCCAUUUUGUCCAUCAGUUUCGAUCCGAUUUUCACGAAAUUCGAAGUCAACCAUCUUUAUGGUGUAACGGUAAUAUAUUCAAACGUUUUAUUAAAGCGGAUAAAUAAUAAAAACUGUGACCUGUAGAAAGACCACAAGCUAAAAACACGUAAAAUGUGGGCAUAUAAAAAAUAGAUAAUGAAAAGAGAAUAUGCUGAAAAUUUUAGUCAAAUUACUUCACCCUGAGCCUAGAUAUUGGCGAUACAAUUAUAGCCUAGCCUUGAUACGAUAAUAAACAAAGUCUCGAUUAUCCAUUUUUACUGUAACCUAAACCUAAAAACUAAACUACAUGUAGUUAAUAUAGAGAUAGGCUACCUAAAACUAAAGAAAAACCUGCAAUAGGCAGAUUUCGCUCUUGCAUAAUACAUGUUUAAUAUGGGGAUACCUAAAACUAAAAAUGGACCAAUACUUUUUGAAAUAUGUUUACAAUUUAAACAUACAUUAUGCAAGAGCUAAAUCUGUCUAUUGCAGGUCUUUCUUUGGGCCUGAAAUGUUAUAUAAAUUGUUAAUUAGACAUUAAUUAACUUAUCCAGACCAUAAUCAACUCUAGAUGGCAUCGCUAGCCUGCGAUCUUAAGUGGAUUGUGAGCCGAUUUACUGCAUAACUUUCCUUCUUGAUUUAACGAUUAAAUGGAUAAUCGAGACUAUGCUGCUUAUCAUACUGACUUUAGUAAUGAUGAACGAGGCUAGACGGAAAUUUCAUUUCGCUUAGUUCUGGGUUCAUAGCGGAUCAAUUUCAAUGAAAUUUUCAGCAAAUUGCCUUUACGUUAUUUAGUUUUUAACUAUUAUACUGCCAACUCAUUAUCAUAUCUCCCAUAAUGUAUCUUUAAUGUUUAUAAUUUUAUUAUAGCACUACUGAAAGGUCGGGGUGGGGGGGUCGCCGAAUGGUUAGCGCAUGCAUGUUGUAUCAUAAGGUCUGUCAUUGAGUCAACUGGCGUGGUUUCGAUUCCCCGGCUGUACGUGACAAGGAGUAGGGUGGCCUGACCAACCACAUGGGUUUUCUCCGGGUCCUCCAGUCUCCUCCCUCUGCUAAAAGACCCCUACCCGCAAGCGAAUUAUUGAAAUAAAAUUGAGUGGAGUGGACGUUAAACCCCAUUUCUCUCUCUCUCACUACUGAAAGGUCACGUUUAAUUCUUUCUGGAAAUAUCUGUGCUAAAUAAUGUUUCUUCAAACAUCUAAAUGUAUCACCGUAAAUCAUUUACAUAGCAUAUAGGAACAAAUACAGAUACUGGGAUGCAUAUAUUGUGGUAUUAACCAGACAAUAGAUUC